GACUUCACUUAUAGUUGAGCAUAUCCACUAUGCUCAAACUACAACCACAUGCGCAAUUCCAUCAAGAUGGCAAACAAGGCUGUGGAAGAGAAAAUAAAUAAAAUAUGCAAAAAUAAAAAAAACUCUAAUAUUAUUCAGGAAUAUCUUACGAAAUUAGAAGAAGGUGACGAAAAAGAUAUUCUUGAAGCUAUUCCAAUUCUUACUGGUGUGUUUACAUACUACACUGAACAAGGAAUUUGGAGGUUUGUAGAGGCCGACAGCAAACAGCAGAAUGUUAAUGAUGAUGGUAGUUGUGUUGUAACAGCAGAUGCUGCUGUUAAUACUUGGUUACACAAUAGCUAUAAGGCUUUUAUAGCCAUAUCCUUAAAUUUAUUUUCAAAUGAUUCUUCAGCCAUUCAAGUUAAAGCUUUAGAAACUUUAAUGACACUGUUGAAAACAGAAUAUGCAGCACUGGUCAAAACCAACACCUGUUCUGAUAUUAAACAGAAGUAUAACUUUCCAAACCAAUUUUUUGUUAAAAUUGUUAAAAACCUUGUGACAUGUGAAAAACAUUUACCUGAACUUAUCCAAAGUCUCAAAAGUUUGCUGAAAUAUGAUGAUAUUCGAUAUUAUUUUUUUAAAAAUAUUCACAGUCUCAUUCAGAAUCAAAACAUCUUCAAAGACAAAGCAGGAAACAAGGUGGAGAAUGCUUAUGUUAUUUUAAUACACUCCACUAAACAUAACAAACCAGAUGAAGAAACACAAAAUCUCUAUCUUGGAAAUUUAUUGGAGAAUGAUGAAGUUGAUGCAUCAGAAGUUGCAAAGUCAUAUCAGUAUGCUUUUAGUUCUGCAUGGCUAUCUUUAAUGCGUUCAAGUAUGCCAAAUGUUAUACACAAGAAAAUAUUGAUUGAUUUGGAUUCAAAAAUUAUGCCGAAAUUAACGGAUCCAAAAUAUCUAAUUGAUUUUCUGACAGAUUCAUAUGAUGUGGGUGGUGUGAUUGGUUUGCUUGCAUUAAACGGCCUGUUCGUUUUAAUAAAUCAAUAUAAUUUGGACUAUCCAGAAUUUUAUACAAAGCUAUAUAACGUGUUGGACCCUGGAAUAUUUCAUGUUAAGUACAAGUCAAGAUUCUUUCAUCUUUUGGACAUGUUUUUGUCUUCAACUCAUCUACCAGGUUACUUAGUUGCUUCAUUUGUGAAAAAACUUGCCCGAAUUGCAUUGUUUACACCUGCUACAGAUCAGGAAAUGUUGCUUGUGUUUAUACGAAAUUUACUUAUUAGACACCCAAGUAGCAGAAUUCUAAUCCAUCGUAAAAAUGAUAAAGAAGUUGCAAGAUCAUUUACCACCGACCCCUUUGAUUACAAUGAAACUGAUCCUUCGAAGAGCAAUGCCAUGAAAAGCUGUUUGUGGGAGUUGAAUACACUAAAGUCACAUUAUUCAUCAGUUGUUUUAAAAUCAGUUGCAUUAUUUAAGAAGCAGUUUCCAAACCUCGAACAAGAUGUUGCAGAUUAUUUUGAUUGUGAAUUUGAAGAAGUGUUUCAUUCUAAAAUGAAUGAAAAUAGUGACAAUCUUCCACCGGUUAAUUUUUGUAGGGAGAAAGAGAUUUUUGCUAGCCUGGACACUGACUUGUGGCAGCUUGAAUAGCUGUAUAUUCAGAUUUUGUUAUUUUGAUUAUUUGAACUGAUUAUUGGAACUAUUUUCAUUGUAGUUUUGGUGUCUCAAAACCAUGAUGCAGUCAUCAAAAAUUCAUUUAGGUACAUUUCUGUGAGAAAAUGUGACUUAGUUUCGAAA